GCCCGGAGGCUUGCUGAGGGCUAAGACAGUUCUCACCCAGCGCAGAGACUGGUCAGCGUGCCUGGGCCGAGGGUUUCACAGGGGAAGAUAAGAACCUCUUUCCUCCUUUAGCCCUCUUCCUGAAUCACUCAGACACUCACACACCAAAACUCCACCCAGGCGCCUCUGGGGCCUCUGCUAUUUGGGCUACUCCAGGAAGUUUCCAUGAAAGCACCUGAAAGAGGAAUUUACUUUUUCCAGGUGAGCUCCAGAGAGAGAAAAGCCUGCGCGCACUCCGGUGAGUUGCAGUCACAAACUUUGGAUUCUGCAGGAAGGAGGUAGGGAAAGUUGAGAAGGUCUUUUGGACCUGGUGGCGUGGCUCCCUUCCUCAUGGCUUCACAAGGCAGCCCGGGCUAUGACUGCUCCCAUAUCAUCGAUCACAGCCACGUCCCCCAGUUCGAGGUGAAAACAUGGAUCAAAAUCACCCUCAUCCUUGUGUACCUGCUCAUCUUCGUGGUAGGUAUCCUGGGGAACAGUGUCACCAUUCGGGUCACCCAGGUGCUGCAGAAGAAAGGCUACUUGCAGAAGGAGGUGACAGAUCACAUCAUAAGCCUAGCUUGCUCGGAUAUCUUGGUCUUCCUCGUUGGCAUGCCCAUGGAGUUCUAUAGCAUCAUCUGGAACCCCCUGACAACCCCGAGCUAUACCAUGUCCUGUAAGCUUCACACUUUCCUCUUUGAAGCCUGCAGCUAUGCCACGCUGCUGCAUGUGCUGACACUCAGCUUCGAGCGCUAUGUGGCCAUCUGCCACCCUUUCAAAUACAAGGCCAUAUCGGGGCCCGGCAAGGUGAAGCUGCUGAUUGGCUUCGUCUGGGUCACAUCUGUCCUGGUGGCACUGCCUUUGCUUUUUGCCAUGGGCGUAGAGUACCCCCUCUUGAGAGUGCCUACUCAACACCGGUACACCUGCAAUCACUCCCGCACCCGACACCAUGAGGAACCGGAAAAAUCCAACAUGUCCAUCUGUACCAACCUCUCCGACCGCUGGACCGUGUUUCAGUCCAGCAUCUUCAGUGCCUUUGUCAUCUAUCUCGUGGUCCUGGUCUGCGUGGCCUUCAUGUGUUGGAACAUGAUGCAGGUGCUCAGGAAGAGCAAGCAGGGAACAGUGACCGGGAUGGGGCUGCAGCAGCAGCUGAGGAAGGCGGAGAGCACCGAGAGCAGGACCGCCCGGAGGCAGACCAUCCUCUUCCUGAGGCUGAUUGUUGUGACACUGGCCGUCUGCUGGCUGCCUAACCAGGUCCGGAGGAUCAUGGCUGCAGCCAAACCCAAGAGCGACUGGACGAAGUCCUACUUCCAGGCGUACAUGCUGCUCCUCCCUUUCUCCGACACGUUCUUCUACCUCAGCUCAGUUAUCAACCCGCUCCUGUACAACGUGUCCUCGCGGCAGUUCCGCAGUGUGUUCAUGCAGGUGCUGCGCUGCCGCCUGACGCUGCAACACGCCAACCAGAAGCAGCUGCGCGAUGCCUCCCUGGGGAAGAGUGUCCGCUCCAUGCGCCGCCCGCUGCUCUUCAGGGUUUCCGGGCGCAAUUCCUCUGCAAGGAGAACUAACAAGAUUUUUCUAAGCACUUUUCAGGGUGAGCCUGAGUCUCAGCCCCAGCCACUGAAUCCCGAGUCACCAGCCCCCAACUUGGAGGUGAAACUAGAGAACGGUUUGCAGGAGAUUGAAGUGUGACGGUCAAGUCGGGUGGCCUUGACUGCUAACCGCUCUCCCCACCGAAAGCAACAUCACCCUCACACAGCAAUAAGAGACUGCACCCCCCCUCAGGGACAGGCAUGACACUAGCUUGUGGAAAAGUCUGACAUCCACUGAAAUGGAUUUUGAGGACUGAAUCCAAGCCCAGCCUGGCCUUGACUGAUUACAGACAUGGGGCCAGCGUUCCCUCCACCACUUGCCUUUACGUAUGUACUGAAAAUCCAGAACUUACAAAAAUGUUUCACGGAGCUCUUCCGUUAUCUGCAAAGGAACUAAAUGAAGGAGAACACAGACUCACUCCCCUCCCUACCCAGUAUCAAAGCACACCCAGGAGAAUCUCAGGGAGUGAGGCCAGAAGCACAACGCAGGAGGUGCUGGCGUUCACAUCAGCUUCAGCACUGGGCCAACCAGAGAGCUAAUUUGAGGAGCAGGAUGGUGAUGAAGAACCCUGGCUGAGGGGCUGAGGCUGAACUGCUCCGUUUCUUGGGCCGGGGACCAUUGCAAAGUGGGGUGUUACAGCAGCUGAUGCACACUGAGUUCAGUUUCCCUGGGGAGCAGAAGGACUGGUACCCAGCCGAGGCGAUGAGGCAGGCCGCAGAGGACGCACACGAUUUGCGGUACAUGAUCCCUGUAACACAGACCCGAGGGAGCUGAGUUAAGCAGCGCCAGCCGAAGGGCAGAGGCCUUCCGAACCCAAACCCCAACAGACAGCACCUUCCACAGCCUAGACUGAUGGGGCCAGCACGGUGUUCAAGGUUGCUCCACCGAGGGACAGCACCCUGAUGCACACGGGGGCUACGGAGGCAAGCAUUUCUCUAUUGGCAUCAAAAUUACUCCCAAAGCUAUUUCACAAGCUAAU